CGAGGCCUUCUGGCAGACGCAUGCAGGAGAAUUAUGAGGGAGCCUUAAAUCAGGGCAGUACGUUUCAGUGGGCGCGAGCCACACGCGCAUUUGCUAUUGACCAGGCGAUAUUUAAAGGCUUUCAUCCGUAACCUCUCAUUACGGAAUCAGUUGGCGCUUCCCAGCUUCCCAAGAAGGUACCAGAGUCGCUUCUGACACAAUGUCUGCGCUUUUCGAAGAUAUUCCUGCAAUGCCUCUGAAGACUCUCCAAAUGAGACGAGAACUCCACAACCGGCCGGGCCUCCACAACCUUUUUGAUACGCCAGUGCAAUGCUUCGAACAACAUGCGCCGGCGAGCAACGCUUUCGAAGGUGAAAAGAUCUCUGUCCUGAUGUACACCACUAACGCUCGGUUCUGUCUUGCCGUCGGCGACCUAUUCGGAAAUCCUAAUGAAAGUGAAUACCUCGAAUUCACUAGCACGGCAAACAAUAAUAUCCAGUAUACUAAGAAAGACAUCGACAUGAAUCACAGUAUAGACCAUCCGAUGACUCCUGCCGCGAAAACCUUCUACUGGGUGCAAUUUCUGAAGAAUGCGACCUCCAUCAGUUUAUUCUUAGAUGACCACUUGCUCAGCGAGGUUCCAUACACUACAGCCAAGCCAAUACCAUUAAUCACCGGCGUAACAGCGUGGCCGACUACGGGCGGUCAGGGGAUCUUAUGCUUCGAAUGUCACUUUACGUGCGACCCGAGCAAGGUGUGCUCUCUUUUCCCAAUGAACACAUGGCUGAACCUGGAUUCACGGGGCAAACUGCGAAGCUUCCAGCAAAGUGUCAACUUCAAACAAGGCGGUUCCAUGACUAUCCGAGGAACCUACAAGAAGACGGGACAAUCCGACAAGAUACGUCUAGGAUUGCGAAAUGGAAGCACCGAUACGACCGCUGACGUAGAUCCCCCGUCGGACCCCAGCCCAGAGACAAUGCUCCAUCUGACCAUAGAGGGAGGCAACCUUGUUCUCGUCUUGGAGGGGAAGCAAAGGAUACUGCUGACAGGCGUAGACGGAUCGCACACCAUCCCUGUGAAGGUCAUCGAAAACUUCGUCAUCAAAUCCGUUUUCGAGACAUCCGGAAUGAUCAACCCACAAUGCCGCAGGCUUCCUGACAAUGUGUAAGAUUACAGUGUGUGUAUACGUGUGCUGUUUUGAAAGAACAAAUAAAUAAGUGCAUUGAAAAUGUAA